CGCAUCCAGGAGAUGUUGCUACAGACACCACCGCUGGGCCCUGGUACCCCCACGGCGCUGCCAGAUGACCUCAACAACAAUGGGGGCGCCCCGGCUGCUGCACCUGACCCUGCCAGCCAGCCCCCCGCCCUGGACCCUGGCUCACUGGGGGCUGGUGGUGUCCCCAGGCCUGUAGCUGAAGCACCCAGCUCUCUGGUAGCUGCGGCAGCCUCAGUGGCUGCAGCGGCCAGUAGUGAUCUGGGCUGGAUGGCAGAGACAGCUGCCAUCAUCACAGACGCCUCUUUCCUGUCUGGCCUGAGCGCCUCCCUUCUGGAGCGGAGGGCAGCUAGCCCCCUGAGCCCGGGUGGGGGAUUCCCUCGGGGCCUCCAAGCCCCCCAGGACAGUGUCCCCCCAAGCGACUCCCCAACACCUGACACAGGCCCUCUGGCUGCUGGAGCAAGUGGGCCCAUCCCUGAGUCCCCAGCCCCGACAGAUGAAACCUCGGAAAUUGGCUCCUAAGUCCUGGGCAGCUGAAUGCCUCUGUCCCUGGCUGUCCAGGCCAGCUGGGUGUGACCUGGCUGGGGUCCUUGGGGAUCAGGGAGGCUGUCCCCGGUGUCUCUGGGAUUGCCCAGUUGGCCUUGUGUUGGGGUCCAUCUGGUUUGCCCAGGGGUGGGCUUCUCUCUCCCGGGUGUGGGGCCUGCCCACAGCCUGUCCCUGCCACAUUUGUGGUGGGUCCCCUCAGCCAGCAAAUCAAGGCAGGCUGAUGAGCUAGGGCAGAAAAAAGGGAUGGGGUCUCCAUAGAAGGCUCUGGAAGGGGUUGGUGUAAGGUCUGGAGCAAGCUGUAUCUAGGGGGAGAGCCCAGCAAGUCUCUGAGCCAGGUGAACACUGGUGGGGGCCUCCCUCACUGUCCUGGCCACUCAGCGGGUGCUCUGUUGUGCGCAGUGCCUUUUCCACAGCCCCUGCCCCCAUAUAUGCGUGCCAGGGCUGGGGUAUUGGCACAGGGACACAGUGUGUGGGCGCCAACUGUCAAAAACAGCAACCGGGCGCUAGGGUCCAGCCUUGCUCCUGCUGGAGAGAGCCAACGGCCCAACUAUGUCACUCGGUGAGGACUGCAGAGUGCUCAUUCCAUUCUAUUUAAUUGCAGUGUACAAAAUUGUGUUUGUAUAUAGAAUAAACUGUCUGUUGACAGCA